AUGAAGGUUGGCGACUCCAAGCCGAAACCAGCUGCCGUCGACUGUACGGACUGUACCGACGAAAGCCUCAUAAAACACCUGAAGCCGCUGUACUUUGUGUCAAAGUUGUUUUCUCUGAGUCCGUACCGACUGAUUUAUGGUCACAAUAAAAGAGCGCAGAUUUCUGUCCCAGGAAUGGUGCAGUCUCUGGUGGCCAUCGUACUUUACAGUGCUUUCCAUUUUUACACCAAUUAUAAUGAUGAUUUUACGGGAACUGCAAAAAGUAACCGGAUCUCGUCGGCAAACGAGUCGAGUAGUGCCGGAAAUGGGACAGGUGAUGGGGCUACCGUUUCGAUCAUGAUUGACAUCUACAGUCGGUAUUCGAUUCUGGUGUUGUACUGGAUACUGAUCACAGGUGCCGUCCUCAAUCAACGCAAUCUGAUUACGUCCUUAGAAUUGUUCGUUCAAGUGGAUGAAUUGUUUCGAACGCAGUUGGGAGUUGUUGUGCCUAACUCGAAAUGGAAAUGGCUAAUUUGCAUUCAAAUGAUGUUCGUCGUCGUUGCCAUCCUAGUGUUCGAGUGGUUCAACUGCUUAAUGUAUCUGAGCGAUUACGCGCCCACGUCCCAGUACUGCAUGCCCGAGUGCUACCUCACCCUACUAACGACUGUCACCGUGGAGUCUCAAUUCGUCGGUUACGUCAAAUUGCUGCAAAUGCGCUUUCAGCUCAUCAACCAGCUGCUAGAUCCACUAAAUGAGCAGCAUUCGGGAGCGGUUGAUGGUUUAUCCUCCGUGCAGAAUAAUCCAAAGUCGGAACUUAAUGAGCUGCGGUGGUGCGAAACGGAACUGUGCUCUCCUGCUGCUCGUGUAGCUGCUCGUAAUGCUGUCUUUGUUGCAAAUGUUGCGAAGAAACAGGAUCGAAUUUUCCAGCUGUUUUCGCACCAAACCGACGCUGAUAAUGUGUUCGUUGAAGGAAUGGUUCCGCCGAGGGAAUUGCUGCCGGAAGAGGCACAAGCAAACGUCGAGGAUCGUCACGUAUUCAAUGACGAGCUUGUAGAAGCAGCGAAGCGAUUGAAAUCGAAGAAAGCUCCCGGCCUGGAUGGUAUUCCAGACGUAGCACUGAGAGCUGCAGUCUUGGCAAACGCGCACAUGUUCAGGACGGUACUGCAGAGAUGCCUGGAUGAAGGCAGCUUCCCAGAAAUGUGGAAGAUUCAGAAGCUGGUAUUACUGCCAAAGCCUGGGAAGCCACCGGGGAAUUCGGCAUCGUUCAGGCCUAUAUGCUUGCUGGAUACACUCGGGAAACUCCAGGAAAGAAUCAUCCUCAACAGGUUGACGAAAUGUACGGAAGGCGAGCGCGGACUGUCGAAGAUGCAGUUCGGAUUCCGUAAAGGAUGCGAUUCGAACAGUAACGGGAUGUACGAUGGCGUCUUGACACUGCAGCUGCCCAGGAAAGUGAAAAUCGUGGGUUUUGCUGAUGACGUAUCCUUAACGGUGCUAGGCGAGACACUCGAAGAAGUGGAGGCAACAAUGUCGGAGACAAUGGGCGUCAUCGAGAUCAGGAUGAACGGAGUCAAGCUACAUAUUGCUCAUCAAAAAAUGGAGGUGCUGACUAAAGAUAAAGUUCGCGAAACUGCUAAACCCUUCAACCAUCCGGAUCAUAUUUCGAUUCGCGCGAUUAAUAUAUUACGAACAAAGGUUGCCCCAAUCAACCGAACAUCGGACUUCAGCAACCACUGGCCACCGAUUCCCGAAAGUUUAAUUAAACCCGGAACAAUAGCGUCGACUUAUUUCAGGACGAAAAUUAUAACCGACAUUAAAAAUGUAUAUGCACAUUUGCAUAUAUUAUCGGUGAAUAUUAAUAAAGCGUACGGGGUCCAGCUGCUGUUCAUCCUAGUAACGCAGUUCAUAACGUUAACCACAUUGCACUAUUCCUGCGUUAUGAAGGCACUCAGGAUUCUAAUACAGCGGCCAGCAUCGUACGAGGCUUUAAUUGAACGCUACUGGGAAUUGCUGAGCACCCUGUUCUGGGCCGCUGUUUUCAUCUUUCGUAUAUUUCGAAUCUGCAACAUUUGUAACUCGACAAAAAACGAGGCAGCGCGGAUUGGUUGCUACAUUCAUACUCCAGCGAUGCUCUCAAAUUGUAUUGAAACCAAAACAAAGGUCAAGCUGCUUUCAAUGCAUCUACUGCACCAGCCGGUGGAAUUUAUUGCGUGCGGUUUGCUUAACAUUGAUCACAGGCUGUUGUUUAGCAUCGCCGCUUCAGUCGCUACCUACAUAGUGAUAUUGCUUCAGUUUGAUAUUGCGCAGAAUAAAUCCGAAUGGCACCGAUCAUAA